AUGGACAGGGGAGGUGCAUUCAUCAUGGGGCGUGGGAAGGGGAUGGAGGAGGUGCAAGCGACUGCUACGUCCUACACCACGUCCCUCGUUGUAGCCGCUACUGGAGGCGCCACGGCCACCUCCUCCUCCACGGACAAGGGCAGCAGUGAGAGGGGAGGAGGAGUGAAAAAGGUCGGCGUCGGCGUCAAGAAGCCAGGAGAUGAUAUUGGAGGAGGAGAAUGCGAUUUUGUGAGUGGUGUAUGCAGUGGGGAGGGCGUCAAGGAUACGGGCCAUGAGGAGGGAGUCGGUGAUAGUGAUGCCGCGGUUAGAGAGGGUGUCGCGAUCGGUGGCGGCGCGGGGGAACAGGAGGAGGGACAGCCCCGGGAAUCCGCGUGUCGUAUAGAGGCAGGGGUGCGGACGACGGUCGCGGGUGCGCAGAAGAGGGUCGCGGAUGCGGGGGCGAUGGUCGCGGGUGCGCAGACGGCGGUCGCGGAUGCAGGGGCGAGGGUCGCGGGUGCGCAGGCGGCGGUCGCGGAUGCGGGGGCGAGGGUCGCGGGUGCGCAGGCGGCGGUCGCGGAUGCGGGGGCGAGGGUCGCGGGUGCGCAGGCGGCGGUCGCGGAUGCGGGGGCGAGGGUCGCGGCUGCGCAGGCGGCGGUCGCGGAUGGGGGGGCGAGGGUCUCGCAUACGUAG